CAAAAUUGUGUUAAGUAGUUGCAAAAUGAGAGAGGGGGAGGUCAUUUCCUUCUCAUAACCAAUACAAAAGGAACCUGAGGAGGACUGAACUAACCCACUGCCGGGUUGAACGCACGCUGAAAGCGGUAUAUCAUCGACUGUCAUCGAGACAGAGUUGCGAGAAGAGAAACAUCAGAAUCGAUCUGCUUGGAUAUCUGGACAAUGAAGAUCCUAUUCAUCUUAAUCCUUUGCCUGAUUGAAGGUGGGGUCGUGGCAUUUAACCUGAAAGGGUAUGCAGGGGGAUCCAUCCUAAUCAACUGUAACUCCACAUUUGACAAAUCUACUAAGUCUUUCUGCAAGGAUGCAAAAAACUUGGGCUGUGUUGACUUUUUUAUGAGCAAUGUGUCAGAACAUUGGCAAGGAAAAGGACGAAUCUCUCUGUAUGACAACAACUCAAAAGGCUUCUUUAAGGUGGCCAUGCGAAACUUAACAGUGAGUGAUACUGGCAAAUACUGGUGUAAAGUCAAUGGAAGGCGGAUUGAGGGAACUGCAGUACAUCUGAAUGUGUUAGAAGGUGUGUAAAUGCAUUGAUGUUUUAUAUUGUCUGAUGUUCUUUUUAUCGUGUGUUUUAUUGCUGUCAUCUUGCUGUAUUACGUAAUCUAAUUUGUGUUUGUGCUGCGUUGUCUUAUUGUUCUUUUUAUCGUGUGUUUUAUUGCUGCCGUCUUGCUGUUUUACGUAAUCUAAUUUGUGUUUGUGCUGCAAUGUUGUUCUUUCACAUGGUCUGAUUGUUGUUGUUUUAUGUUGUGUUGCUGUUUUAUUGUUUCUUUGUGACAGAAGAUAAAGUGUUGAAGUUGAUGUAUGCCUAGUGGGCGACUCAUGGUCUAGUGAGUCUAACCCUGAUCUGGCUUUGAUUUAAGCCAAAGUCACCUGUUGCAGUUGAAGUAACCAAUCGCCAGUGACCUACCAGUUGAUUCCAUUUGAUGCAUAGGUGAAAUUGAGAUCAAUUGUAUUUAUUUACACAAAAAAUUACAUUUGGGGAUUUUGUUUUAUUGACAGAUAAAAGAGAAUCCAGGAUUGAGCUUGGAUCUGUGGGACAAGACAUAUCCAUUAAGUGCCCGUAUGACAUAAAGUACACAAAUGAGCUGAAAUACCUGUGUAAAAAUGAAGGUGUUGCAUGCAAGGACAGAAUGCUAAUAUGGAUAAAGGACAAAUGGGUCAAUAGUCCCUACAAGGACAAAAAAAGAUUCUCUCUCUACGACAACACCACUGGAGGAGUCUUCAUAGUCUCCAUCACAAAUCUCACAAAAGAGGAUGCUGGGAUAUACUGGUGUGGUGUCCAUGUCUCAUUUCAGAAGAACUCUCCCCUCUCAGUGGACAAAAUCACUGAAGUCAUACUGAACGUCAAGAAUGCAGACCAAUCAGGAAAUCCCCCACCUGGCCACCUCCCUCUUAUCCCACUGGCACUUGUCCUGUCUCUGGCUGUGGGGGUCCUGGUGUUAGGGAUGGCACUUUUCUUUUGUAGGCGAUUUGGAAAGAAAAUCACAAAAGCUCCUACCUCACCAGAUAUACCGAUUUACACAAACACAGCAGAAAACACACAGGGGACUGGAGAUUAUGUGAAUGCUGGUGUACAAGAGCCUCAAGCCAACACCCCAACAGGCCCUAUGAGGAGUAACAGACCAUACUCUGACCCCGAUUACCAGAACUCCAACAUGUCAGACACCACAACCUAUCAGACCCUGAUUGCAAGCACCCGCCAGAAUGACUCAAUCUACCACACUCUCCACCCCAGAACUAACCAGCAGUAAUCAGUGUACCAGCAUCUGAACCCCAGCACAAACCAAGGUGAUUCAGUUCAUAUGCCGAUAAUCCUUGUGAAUCCUAACUAAACACAGCAGAUGUCUGUUCAGGACCAACAUGGAAACCAUAUAUUAGCAAAGAAGGUUAUUGAUCGCUCAUGAUAUUAAUUUAGAUUUAAUUGAGUCAUGAUUUUGUCUUGUUGAAUCCUGAACUGUAUGUCUUUUGCUGAGCUAUUUCUACUUAAUAUCUCAGUUUGUUUUAUCUCGUUGGUACAUCAUAUAGUGCCACACACUGUUAAUAAAUCUCAGAAAUUUUGCUUUAAACACACAGAUGCUUUUAUAGUCAGUAUAUAGGUAGACUUUAAUGAU